AUGGAACUGGCCAAUCUGCCAACGGAGCUGCUGCUACACAUCGCCAAAGCCCUUGAUCGAGACCGAGACAUUUACGCCCUCUGCCGCACCAGCCGGGGCUUUUACAGCCUCACGGUAGACUACCUCUACCGACACAACGCAACCGCCCCCAACAUUGAGACAAGCGCAAUCCUCUGGGCCGCCAAGCACGGACGAGUCUUGACGGCCGAAAAGGCCCUACUGGCCGGCGUCGACGUCAACACACCGCAGGGCCCGUCAGGCACCCUGCCUCUCGUGGAAGCCGUGCGCUUCGGAAACGCCCUCAUGGUCCGGCUGCUCCUCGCCAAGGGCGCGGAUCCCAACGCCCCCGACGCCCGGGGCAAGACGGUCUUCUGGCACGCCAUCAAGUUCGGGUGCCCUGCCAUCCUGGAGAUGCUCCUCGACAAGGGCGCCGCUAGGCCCCGGCAUCCAAACGGGAACCCGGCCCUCGUGCAGGCCGCCCGCAAGGGACACGCGGCGGUUGUCAAGGUGCUCCUCGCGCACGGCGGCGGCAGCGACAUCAAGGCGGACCCGGGCUUGGGAGAAUCGGCCAUGUUGGCGGCCGUUGCAAAGGGGCACGCUGACGUUGUCCAGGUCCUGCUCGACGCGGGCGUUUACAUCUGCACCAGGGACAGUGUCGGCAACACCCUGCUGGUCCAGGCGGCGUUCCGGGGCCACGAUGACGUGGUCGAUGUGCUGAUGCGCAAUGGUGUCGCUUUGGCCUCCUCCCGUGAAUGGCCUGCGCGGGCUGGCCAUCCUUCGUAG